AUGCCUGGUUCCACAAAAUGUACCGCCUGUGUUCUCGUAAUUGUGGUCGCCAUUGUCAUCCUUGUCGUCGUUCUAUUGCUAGGUUUGAGUCCCAGUUCCCCAACCUACACCAUUGUGGGAUUCUCCAUUCCGGUCUCAAGCAAUGACCGGAAUGCGACCUUCACAUUCUUCCUUAAUGUUAAAAAUCGCAACAAAUUCUCCAAUGUCAACCACGAUGAGAUAAAGUUAGCAUUUGAUUACAAUGAAGAUAUUUUGGCGAACAUAACAUUGCCUUCUUUCCGUGAGAAAUUCAGUGGCACACAUCAUUUUGCAGAGGAAGUGGAGGCCAACGCAAGAGUAUGGAAAGCACUUGUCAAUGCAAUCGCAACUAACAAAACUGCAGAAGUGAAGGUGGAUUUAGUAACUCGUGGGUCUUGGGCUGUGCAUCAUGCUCAUAUGAGUAAGAGUUGGAAGCACUUGCAGGGUCGUGUGCCCAUUGGAUCAGAUGGAAAGAUUCCGAGGAAGAAGAAGAUCAAGCUUAAACGUGUUCCUAAGAAACAGAUCAGUUCGAAGAAAUAG